AUCGAAUGAAUAUGAUUGUUAAUAAGUGUUAAUGUUUAAUUAAUUACUCUUAUUAAUUAAUUUGCAGGCACACAUCAUUAGAAAGAAUAUUGAGACAAGUGUCUUCUUCUUUUGAUGAGACUAAUGAGACAACAAAAAUCAGAAGCAGCGACACCAGUUGCUACUUUGGCCAUCAUCAUCUUCGUCUAUUUCAUCGCCACGAAUCACAAGGAAGUGAUCAGAAGAGCGAAAUGACAAAGGUGGAAGAAGAGGGCGGCGGUGGCGGUGGCGGCGGCCGAAGUGAAAGCUCCGGGGAGAUCCCACAAUUUGCAUACUUUGAUCUCAGAAAAGAUAUUUUCCCCGACACCCGGAUGAAGAAGCCUCAGGCCGGCGGCGGCGCUUCCACUGUGCCGGCGGCGACCAACGCCACCACGAAGGGGGCUGAAACAGGAACGACAGAUCCAUCAACAGCCAUCGCCGCGCGUCGAGGGUUUCUUCCUGUUCGAGCGUGACAGUCUCUAAAACCCUCCAGACAGAGAGCGCGAGAAGACGCUAACCGGAAGAAUCAGUACAGCGAGAAGGGAAAGAUGUCGACGGAGACUAAGGCAGGGGGCUCCGGGAAAGCAGGGAAGAAGAAGAACAAGAACAAGGAUAAGGGGUGGCCAAAGGGCGUUAGCGAGGCCGCUCGAGCUAGGUUUUCUGAAAUCCUCGAACGAUUCCGCUCGUCCAAUGAUGAAGAGUUCAAAUUUGAUCCAAAGCUUAACAAUUUGGAGCGAGCUGCAGUGCAUAAGCUGUGCAGAAAAUUUGGCAUGAAAUCCAAAAGUCGUGGGGGUGGGACUGCACGGCGUGUAGUUGUUUUCAAAAAUAAAAUAAAGAAAGCAUGUCCCGAAAGAGAGAAGAAAGCUCUUGGGUUUAAGUUUUCAGAAGAAUCAAAAGCUAUACUACAGGAUCUAUUUAGUCAAUUUCCACCUGGUGAGGAGGAUGCUACUUCUUAUAUGGCUGGAAAACGUAACAAGAAAGGAAAGAAGUUUUUUGGAAUGCAGGAUGAUAUAUUCCAAAAACCUGCAAUGGACAAGUCAGAGAUUGCAAAGAGAGUUGAGACCCUUGCUAUAAGAGCUGAACAUAACCGUACCUUAAGACAGAUUUUUGAAGGGAGGUCGAAACUUCCAAUUGCUUCUUUCAAGGAUAUAAUUACAUCAAGUGUAGAGGAAAAUCAGGUAGUGCUAAUCUCUGGUGAAACUGGAUGUGGAAAAACCACACAGGUCCCACAAUAUAUUUUAGACCACAUGUGGGCUAAGGGAGAGCCAUGCAAAAUUGUGUGCUCUCAGCCACGGCGAGUUUCAGCUACAUCAGUUUCUGAGAGAAUUGCUCACGAGAGAGGUGAAAAGCUGGGGGAUACUGUUGGUUAUA